AUGUCAGGAAGAGGAUAUGGAGGUCUCGGAGGGGACCCUUACAUGAAUGGCAAUUCUACUGGAUAUGCGAAUGGGAAUGGGAAUGGAUAUGGAAAUGGUAGGAAUGCAAACGCAAAUGGAUUUCCAGGACAAAUAACUGAAGAUGGAGAUUAUGAUCCAUAUAAUACAGGAACUGAUAGAUACGCUACUCCAUCUCCUCGACAAGAAGGUUUUCGAACACCAUCGCCUUCUAUGCCGCGAAGUCCUCUAUCCCUAGGUUUUCCACGAAUGAGAGAACCGACGGCUAAACCAAAAUUAGAAGAAACCAAUGCGGAGAAACAAAUUGGCGAGGUGUUGGAACAUAUCAAGAAGGAAUGGCCUGCGUUGUGUGAAAGUGGAUGUGUGCCAGUACAAUUGGCAUUACAGCUUUUAGACACGAGUUCGGUCGGCAAGGCACAUGAAUAUGCGCAGUUUGAACAAUCGAUGCAAUAUCUACAAGAUUCUUUGAAAAAUAUCGUACAUGAACAUCAUCAAGGAUUCAACAGUUCGAUUGAGUUGAAGAAAUUGGGUGCGGCGUCAACGAUUUAUGAUGAAUUGUUACAUACACUUUCUGAGGUGGAGGAGUUACGGCUGGUUCCGGAUCAAUUGGAAGCACGGAUUUCUGAGAAGAGAUUCUUGACGGCCGUGGAUGUUUUGCAGGAUGCUCUGCGUAGGAUUCGAUCCCCCGAGUUGGAUGACAUUGGGGCUUUGAGUGAACUAAGGACGUAUCUUGCAAAUCAGGAAACGGCCUUGACGGAUAUAUUGAUUGAGGAACUUCAUGAUCAUUUGUAUCUCAAGUCACCUUAUUGCCAGGAAAGAUGGCAGAUGUUGGCGAAGACUCAAGGUGGUGCUGCGAAGGAGAAAUUCGAGAAUCCAAAUGGUAGAGAGGGUAUGAGGAAUUCGACUGUACUUCUUGGUGGUUUCAGAGAACUGUGGAAUCUAUAUCAGAAUGAGAUUCGCUCUCUUUUACAUAAUUAUGUGACCACAGAUGCGGAUGUAUACCAAUUUGAUUCUCCUCGACCUGGUGCUUCCAAGUCGUCUAAGUUAGAGAAGCUAUUUAAGUUUUCGGAUGCGGAUGCUAAGUCUGUUCAUAUGACAACUGAAUAUGACGAGUUGGAGAAUAUCAUCAGAGCUGCUGUACCGGGUCUCAUGUCGAGUUCAAGGAAGUCAGGUGCCGAUAGUAAGAAAGCUAAGUCUUUCUUGGAGAGUUCGGCUGGAAGAAAUGGAGCAAAACGAUUAACUGGUACGGCUUUUGAUGCUAAAACUGGUGGUAUGGGAACGCACAAGUCUUUGGUAGAGCCGAGUGUGUUUAACAUGAGCUUGCUGUUACCUCCUACAUUGAGCUUCUUACAAAGAUUGAAAGCCAUUGUCCCGCCUGGUUCGGAUUUAGUCACAAGUACUUUGACAUCGUUCUUGGAUAACUUUCUUGUUAAUGUCUUUCUACCUCAACUUGAUGAAACACUGGGUAAGCUUAGUGACUCGGUGUUUGAGGAGACUGAUGCAUUCCAACAAGAUGCACAAUGGGCAAGAGUUUCGAGACGACCUGUCUUUAAAGGCACGGCAGCUUUCUUUAAUUUGAUUACAGCAUUUUGUAGAAUGUUGGACACCAUUCCCCACGAUCAAGCAUUGAGUCAACUUAUCAUCACCCAGAUGAUGAGAUAUUAUGAUAGAUGUUAUGACUGGUUCAAAUCAUUAGUAUCUCGAGUUAGUGAUUCCGAAGGCUCAACACUUAAGCUAUCUGCACUGCUUGCUAGUGAGCCUGGCGAUGUCCAUGAUACUAUGCAGAAAAUUUGGACAAGUGAAGCAGUCGAUCGUCAAUUAUUGGACAAGGAAACUCAUCUUUUGAUUCUACAGACAAAUGAGAAUCCUCUUCAGGUGGAUGAUAUUAUCUCAGAUCGUGAAACUAUUUCAUCUCUUUGUGUUUUAUACACUAGUAUGAAAUGGUUAGCUAUCAAGAUUGGACAAUUGAGACAUAUUACGAGGAAUGAUGCAGACUCAUCCCGUACACAAUCAAUGCAGAAACCACCGCAUAGACGUUGGACUUUGCUGAAUGAUCCUAGAGGUCAGGAUGAGCAGAACAUGGUUUAUCUUCCUAUGACGCAGGAAACUGUUGUCGCAUUCGACUCAAUAGUUUCCUCAUACCAAGAACUAGCCGCUACCGUCCUCUUAACGCUUCACAUGGAAACACGUAUUCAAAUUUUACACUCCCUAACCCGUGUUCUCUCAACUUCCUCGGGCUCAAAUCCCUACCCAUAUAUUCUCUCUCAACCAGUCUCGGAGCCAGAUCCAACUAUCUUAUCACUAAACGCGGAUUUGGUAGCCUACGAUGAAACUAUAGUGAAGUUCCUAAGAGACAAAGAAAUCAAUUUUGUAAGGAAUGGAUUGGGUUUGCUAAUUGAUACUUUCAUGGUUGAUAAUGCGAGCAAGAUACAGAGAAUUAAUAAAGAGGGAGGAAAGAGAAUGAGAUUGAAUGUACUAGUGCUACAACAAAAUUUGAAGGGAGUAGAGGAUGGAGUAGGACUUGUGAGGAGUAGCAGGUAUUGGGGACUAUUUGAAGAGGGACCUGAGGGCAUUGUUGCAUGGGCGAAGGAGAAGGGUGGUUCAAAUGGUGGCUCAAGUGGUGCUGGAGGUGGAGAUGGAAAUGGGAAUGAAGUGGCGGCGCCUGCGGAAGACGAAGUGAAGUUUAACUAUGAUGAGUUGAAGGCGUUGGUGGAGUUGUUUUUCAGUGAACCGUUGGGUAGUAAUGAGAGGGGUAUUACGACGGUUGCGAAGAGGGGAAUGGGUGAGUGUAUGUUGCAGUUGAGUGAGUAUAUGUGGCAGAGUUAA